CGCACAGUUGACGCGGGUUUCCCUGGGUUACCGUCAACAAGUCCAUUAGCCGUUAGCUCCCUGAAGCGACUGUGUGCGUAUAGUUAGUUGCUGUUUAUGUGUACUUGGCCAAAAAUGAGCGCUAUGUGGGAACUUUGUGUAAUAAUAUGUGGUUGAAUCCGAAGCUCAGAGGACAAUCGCUACUGCUAUAGUGAACUUGGCAAACAUUAGCUAGCAUGCUAAUGCAGAUGAACGUAAUCAAAGGCGAGUCUUCGAGGUUUUAACGAUGACGAGCUCGGACUUCAGGACACUAGCUUACGCGAAAAGCCCCAAAACAUCGAAGCGAACCACAUUUCAGGAUGAACUUCAAGCUGCUGUCUCUGCCAGAGCAGGCAAGACGAAAACGGGCCACAACUCCUACUCUGAUGAGUUGAAUGAAGAUGAAGAUGAGUUUUUGAAAGAACUCCUCAAAUCAAGGAAAAAGCGAACAGAGGCAUUUAAAGCUGGGAGGAGUAAAGGCACAAUCAAUGACUUUGACAUUUCUGAUGAUGCAAGCACACCUGGAAGAACAAAAAAGGUUUCUUUCCUAAAAAGUCAAAGGACCAGAUCUCCGUCUGAAGACACAACUACACCCGAGUCACAUGGAAAUGAUCCACUGGACAACUCCUUCAGUAGAAACAACAGUUACAAAAACUCAGCUUCUGAAAAAACUACACUGUUGAAUUCUGCUGACUCUCAGAUCACAGAAGAUAGCGCCUCUAAAUCUGUGUCUCGCCAAACAUCAGACGGCACACUAACGGACAUGCCUUUGCCAUUACCAUCUGACAGCAGUCUAACAGAAACUCCGGGUCCUGAAUUAUCACAUCCAUCAGCAGCUGAGACCAAGCACCUGUCUUCAGUAGGUCUGUUUACACCAAUUUAUCUACAGGACACAAAGGUCACAUGUUCAGAUUUAGAUGAUCUGGAGAAAGAGCCACCCAGACCCAAACCAAGACAAAGAACUUUUGGACUUCAUGCCCCUGAGACGCUGGCUGAAGAAUCUGAAUUCCAGGAUUACAGCAAGCCGCAGACUUCCCCUGCAUCCAUUCCCCAUUUAACAGAUGAUACAUCCAGUAGCAUUACUUGUGCAGAAGAAGAAUAUGCGGAUUCUUACAGCCUUAACAAAUCCUCCACAAGUAAGAGUGAGCAGUCACAGGUGUUUACCAACUCCACUGUUGAUUCUGGAUCCAGAGAUGACUGUAUUUCUGAUGAGAGCAGAGAGAAAGUGGCCAGGUACUCUACAUCGUUUGAAGAAUUUAAUGAUAACAAUUCAGAAAAUUCGGCUGUUCGGCAGAAGUCAUUUGAUAUCAGGAGUUCGAGUUGUCAAUCUAAGACCAGUCAGAGAUCUCAAAGUGUGUUCUCCAGAGAUGUGGAAUCAAAAUAUUUGGGAAGUCUUAAAAUUUUGGACUGUAAUCUGUCACUACAAGACUCUCAGCUUCAGACAGUACAAUCACUCCGAGCUGCUGUUUAUCAGGAAUGGCUUAAAAAGAAAAAUGAAAUUGUAAAAGAGAACAGGCAACAAAAGAAGAAGGAAGAAAUGCUAAAAGAAAAGAAGAAAAGGGAUCAAGAGGCUAAAAAGGAAGAUGCUAUUGCAUCAUAUGCAGCUUGGAAAGAAAAGAAAACAGAAACUCUGAAGGCAAAAGCCAAAGAAAAAGAAGUAAUAAUCAGAAAAGAGCAAAAAGCCAUUGAGGAGAAAGAAGAAAAAAAGCAAUCAGCUAAACAGGUGUUUGAAAAAUGGAAACAUGAGCAUGAUCAGCUUCUUAAAGACAAGUACAGAAAACAGAAAGAAUCUGAAAAUAGACGUAAGCUGAAAACACAAGAAACUGAGGAAGAAAGAAAGCGAGAGAGCAAAUAUGCCUUUUCUGACUGGUGUGAUAAGAAAAAAGAUGUUAUCCAUAAGAAAAUCACAAUGGAGCGCAAAGAAAUCAAGAACAAAACAGAGGAGGAACGGUACAUGAAAGAAGAGAGAGACAAAAUGGCGUUGGACAUGUAUGAAAACUGGCUGGUAAGAAAGGAUCUUGAAAAGAAGAGAGAGAAAGAAGAAAGACGAAUACAUGAAAUUCUUCAGGACAGUCCACCUCCACCAUGGAGCCCCCCUAAUAAAACAAUACCCCAUGGGAAAUAAUUAGAAAUAACACCAAAUGAUUCCUUUAUAAUAAUAAGGUUAGGCCACCUUUUUCUAUGUAAUUCAUUAGUAAGUAUGCAUUUUAAAGAUUUUUAAAUAGACAUUUACAGUAUGUUUUUGACAUUUGAUGGUACGAUUCAACUAUAAAAAACAGUUUGGCAAUAACUGAA